AGAGGUAGCGGGGCGUCUCUAAAUAAGCUAAAUAAGCGCUGGUAGACAAGAGCAGGGGAGGGGACGGACCUACACUAAACAUGGAAGGGGGAAGAGAAAGUCAAGUAGUAUGUUAAAUGUCAAAACAACUGCUUUUUAUUUUUUUAAGGAAAUACCCUUCAAGGGGUUUACCGGCUGGUGAUCGCCGUUGAUCGGGACAGGAUCUGCCUUUGCUGUGAGGACGACAUCUCUCUCUCUCUCUCUCCACAGCUUCUACACUUGUCAUUGUUAUAGCAUCUGAAGCACCCAGCUACAGCAGAACCACAAGUACCGCAACCAAGCUACAGCCUGGUCUCGUCAAUAUUUAAUAGCUCCUUAAUGGCCACUAAUGUUUCAUUUUGAUUUAUGAUUGAAGCCAUUUCCACCUUAUAUCAGAUAUACGUCAGUGCCACUGCAGUGCUUUUUGUACAAGCUGUUGAUGCAAUAGGUCACAGUUGCCUCAUUAAUUAUUGACACAUCCUAACAUCUUAUUCUAGUUCCACGCAUAUAAAAAUAUCCAGCAGAGACCGACAGUCGACCCCUCACUGUUAACCCCACAAGCUCAGGAUGGUGGAGGAGCGCAUUUACGCCACAGGCAUGGCCGCCAGGCUCAGGAGCCAGUGGGAUCGUGACGAAGGUCUGGGACAGAACCACAACGCGGUGAAGUUUCUGGGUCAGGAUUAUGAGUCUCUGAGAGCCCAGAGCCUCCGGAGUGGGAGGCUGUUUGAGGAUAACCUGUACCCGUGCGCUGCGUCGUCUCUGGGAUUCGAUGAGCUCGGACCAAGAUCCUCCAAGACCCACGGAGUCCGCUGGAUGAGGCCCACGGAGUUCUGCAAGAGGCCCGAGUUCAUUGUAGACGGAGCGACUCGGACGGACAUUUGUCAGGGAGCUCUGGGGGACUGCUGGCUGCUGGCUGCCAUCGCCUCGCUGACCUUAAACGACACCAUCCUCCACAGAGUGGUUCCUCACGGUCAGGGCUUCCAGCAGGGAUAUGCCGGCAUCUUUCACUUCCAGUUCUGGCAGUUUGGCGAGUGGCUGGACGUGGUGAUCGACGACCGGCUGCCAGUGAAGGAUGGGAAGCUGCUGUUCGUCCACUCUGCAGAGGGCACCGAGUUCUGGAGCGCGCUGCUGGAAAAGGCCUACGCCAAACUGAACGGCUGUUAUGAGGCUCUGUCAGGCGGCAGCACAUCAGAAGGCUUUGAGGACUUCACCGGCGGCGUGACGGAGAUGUACGAGCUGAGAAAAGCCCCCUCUGACCUCUACAGCAUCAUCAGGAGGGCCAUAGACAGAGGGUCGCUGCUGGGCUGCUCCAUUGACAUCACCAGCUCGCGAGACAUGGAGGCCGUCACGUUCAAGAAACUGGUGAAGGGACACGCCUACUCUCUGACCGCUGUGGACGAGGUGGUGUACAGAGGAAACAUGACCAAGCUGGUCCGCAUCAGGAACCCGUGGGGGGAAGUGGAAUGGACCGGAGCCUGGAGCGACAACUCCAGAGAGUGGGACAGUGUGGACCGCUCCGUCAGAGGUCGGCUACAAAACCGCAGCGAGGACGGUGAAUUCUGGAUGUCAUUCAGCGACUUCCUGCGCGAGUUCAGUCGCCUGGAGAUCUGUAACCUGACAGCCGACGCCCUGCAGAACAACCAGCUGAAGAAAUGGAGCUCCUCGCUCUACCAGGGAGAAUGGAGGAGAGGCAGCACUGCUGGAGGCUGCAGGAACUACCCAGCAACCUUUUGGCUCAACCCUCAGUUCAAGCUCGUGCUGCAGCACCCGGACGCUCCCGGACAAGCGGACUGCAGCUUCCUGGUUGCCCUCAUGCAAAAGGACCGCAGGAAGAAACGGCGAGAAGGCAAAGACAUGGAGACCAUCGGGUUUGCCGUCUACGAGGUUCCAAAUGAGUUCAUGGGCAGGUCGGGGGUCCACCUGAAGCGGGACUUUUUCCUCACCCACGCCUCCAGCGCUCGCUCCGAGCUCUUCAUCAACCUGAGGGAGGUCAGCUCGCGGUUGCGGCUCCCGGCAGGGGAGUACAUCAUCGUGCCCUCCACUUUCGAUCCGCACAAAGAGGCCGACUUCGUCCUCAGGGUUUUCUCUGAGAAGCCUGCAGACUCCGAGGAGCUUGAUGAUGACGUUGUGGCGGAGCUGCCAACAGAGACGGAGCUACACGAGAGCCAGAUCGACGCAGCCUUCAAGAAUCUCUUCAGACAACUGGCGGGGCCGGACAUGGAGAUCAGUGUCACAGAGCUGCAAACCAUAAUGAACAGGAUCAUCAGCAAGCAUAAAGACCUGAAGACAGACGGAUUCACAAAGGAAGCUUGCCGCAGCAUGAUAAACCUCAUGGACACGGACGGCAGUGGGAAGCUGGGCCUGACAGAGUUCCAUGUACUCUGGGAAAAGAUUAAACGAUACCUGACCAUAUUCAGGCAGUUUGACUUGGACAAAUCGGGCACCAUGAGCUCCUACGAGAUGAGGAUGGCUCUUGAAUCUGCAGGUUUCAAACUGACCAACCACCUGUUCCAGCUGAUCAUCCUGCGCUACACUGAGGACGACAUGGCGGUCGACUUCGACAACUUCGUCACCUGCCUGGUCAGAUUGGAGACCAUGUUCAAAACCUUUAAGACCUUGGACACAGACGCAGACGGUCACAUAUCCCUCACCUUCUUCCAGUGGAUUACCCUGACCAUGUUUGCCUAGAGAUGAGUGGACUCCUUUGUAACUCUUGCACUGCAUCCUGCUGCAGCUCCAGGCCCCAGUAUCUGUUGUUUCAGAAGUGCCUUUUCUCCACCAGUUCUUCCUCUCCUCCACGCUGCUCGCCGCUGACGCCCUCUGAGGCUGAAGACUGUAAAUUCAUCUUUACUGUGCCUGUAUUAUUGGAAACAUGUGCCAAUCCUAGAUUUGUCACCUGUUUGGUAGGAAGUGGUAGGAAGCUUUAUUCCUCUAGCCUGGCAGUCAAGUCUGCAGCACAGUGAGCUGCUAUGGAGGCCAUUUUUUAGCAAUACAAACGUUUGUUGAAAGCAGACCUACUCCAGGGGCAGAAAUAAUGUUAUUGAUUUAAUAUCAGUGAGUGGAGACAAAAAAGUUUUUAUGGUAAAAUAACUUUUACUAGAUGUAGCAAUAUGUAGUUAGCUUGGCUUAGAAAAUGUGCAAGCUAGCCAUACAUCUUUCCAUAAGUUCCUGUCUGGGCCUUGCUAUCAUUUAUGUUUAUGCUAAUUAAUCUAGCUUUUACAUAGCUUGCUUUUAGAGAACCAGCCUGACUUAUAAGAAAGUAAAUAAAUAAAUUAUGUAGUCAAAUAAAUAAAUAAAUAAAUGAAUGAACACUACAUUUAUAAACAUAAAAUUCACAAAGAAAUUGAGAGAAACGUUCUGCAUUAUUUAUUUCAAUAUAAUAAUUAUUCUUAUUCAUUAUUUCAUAUUCAUUAUUCAUUUAUCUCUUAAUUCUUUUUUUUUUUUUAAGUCAGGUUUGGUUCUCCAAGCAGCUAUGGUAGCUAGCUUAGCUAAACUAACAUAAACUAAUCUAACCUCAUGAAAUGCUUUGUUUCCAUCUUGUGCUACACAUGUGGCCAGUCAGCUAACUAGCACUAGAAAACUGUGCUAAACCAAUAACAAUAUUUUUGCCUCAAAAACAAAACUUCACUCUGCUUUUGCAGUUUUACCCCAACCAGUCAAGUAGGAAACUGUAUGUGAGUUAAUGGGUGUAAUUGUGCUUUUAUCUGGAAUGAUUACUCUUUAGUGAUCACUCUUAAUCAUAAAAUGUACACACAAUAAGCACCAGAUUGUAAGGGAUACUUCUACAAUCUCUACACUAAUCUGCUAAUUGAAUUUACUACUUAUAUAUUUUUUAUUAAAUCAGUGAUAAAAACAUGUUGCCAGGUCAUUGAGACUUCAUGUACUUAGGGACAAACUACAAUCUGCACAAUGGUCCUUUCAAAGUUUUCUUUUCUUUUUUAAUGGGAGAUGUUUGAAGUUGGGUCUGCUGUCAGUUAUCACAAUCUCAGUGCCAGUUGUGGUGGACGUGGAGAGCUGCAGAGUGUGCCAGCUUGCUCUUAAGCCUUUUCUAUUCAACACCCAACAUUUAGCGCAAAUGAAUGUGCACAAUAUGUAUCUCUACUCGGCCUUUGUAGCAACGCUGCUGGCCUGGCGCUUUCUGUUUACAUCUUGUGCCAAACCAAGCUUUUCCCUGAGCAUCAAGGGUCCACUCAUGAAGCUCCACUGGGCCUUGCAGUGCGGAGACAAUGGUGGCGUGCUGUAUCAUAGAGAAUGUGUUGAGUCUAAUACUAAUCCUGUUUAUCUUUAAGACAUAUCUGCUUAUCAUUAUGCAUGGCACUUUUUACAGACUGUUUUGCAAAAUUUGAAAAAAAAAAAAAAAAUCUUUUAACUUUUAUAUCCUGACUGGAACUGAUGUAGUAGUGUUUAUAAAAGGGAUGUGCCAGCCUUGUUUAAACUUGCCUUUCAAAGGGAACAGGAACACGUCAGUACUUAAGGUGAAGGUAAACAAUUAUGCAAGAAGGAUGGAUAUGUUGUAUGCAUGCAGUGUGAAAUGUGAUGUGCUGUCUGCCUGCUUGAUUUCUGUUCAACCUUGGGAGCAAAAUGUUUUAUUUGAGGAGUCGUAUUACAAAAUAAUUUGCUACUUUAAGUAUGGAGGAUGCACAUGUAAAGUGUCAUAAUGUUAUCAAGCAGAGUUGACCUGCAAGUGUUUUUAAAUAACAAAACUGUCUGUUCUGCCAAUUAUUUUACCAAUUUUUAACUUUUUGUAUUUUGAAGCAUUUUUCAUGUCAUCAAAAAGUGACUGUCAAACCCUUAAAUUUGUAAAAUGCCAGCAAUAUUGUCCUUCGGUUUUUCGCAGCGUAAUGCUUAUGCAACAUUACCUAAUGUUUACAGUGGUAACCUUCUCUUUCCCUUUGGACCCGUUCAUCAUGCAAUACAUUGGUUUACUGUGUAGUUUUCUCUGUUAAACUUCAAUACACACUUUGAAAAUAAACAUGAGGAGCUUUU